CGGGCCCCGAGCCCCGGCGCAGCCAUGUCCGCCCCCGAGCCGGCGCAGCGGGGCCGGGAGCGGGAGGAGGAGAGCGAGGAUGAGAGCGAGAUCCUGGAGGAGAGUCCGUGCGGCCGCUGGCAGAAACGCCGGGAGCAGGUGAACCAAGGAAACAUGCCCGGGAUCCAGAGCACGUUCUUGGCCAUGGACACCGAAGAGGGUGUGGAGGUCGUCUGGAAUGAGCUGCACUUCACCGACAGGAAGGCUUUCAAGGCUCAUGAGGAGAAGAUCCAGACGAUGUUUGAGCAGCUGGUGGUGGUGGAUCACCCCAAUAUCGUCAAACUACACAAGUACUGGCUGGACACGCCUGAGAGCAAAGCCCGGGUGAUCUUCAUUACCGAAUAUGUAUCCUCAGGCAGCCUCAAGCAGUUCCUGAAGAAAACAAAAAAAAACCACAAGGCCAUGAAUGCCCGGGCAUGGAAACGCUGGUGCACACAGAUCCUCUCAGCUCUCAGCUUCCUGCACUCGUGUGAUCCCCCAAUCAUCCACGGCAACCUGACCAGCGACACCAUCUUCAUCCAGCACAACGGCCUCAUUAAGAUCGGCUCUGUGUGGCACCGAGUCUUCUCCAAUGCCAUCCCGGACGAUCUCCGCAGCCCCAUCCGGAUUGAGCGAGAGGAACAGAGAAAUCUGCACUUCUUUCCCCCGGAGUACGGCCAUGUGGCUGACGGCACAGCCGUGGAUAUCUUCUCAUUCGGGAUGUGCGCUCUGGAGAUGGCUGUGCUGGAGAUCCAGGCCAAUGGAGACACCCGCGUCACGGAGGAGGCCAUCGCCCGGGCCGGGCAUUCCCUGGAUGACGACAACAUGCGGGAGUUCAUCCUGUCCUGCUUGCUCCUGAACCCUGCCCGCCGCCCCUCUGCCCACAACCUGCUCUUCCAUCGGGUGCUCUUUGAGGUCCAUUCUCUCAAGCUCCUCGCUGCCCACUGCUUCAUCCAGCAUCAGUACCUGAUGCCAGAAAACGUGGUGGAGGAGAAGACCAAGAUGAUUGACCUCAACAUGGUGAUGGCGGAGAUUCGCAGGACCGGCCGACCCGGGGUCCAGUGGAGGUACUCAGAGGUCUCGUUCCUGGAGCUGGACAAGUUUCUGGAGGAUGUCAGGAAUGGGAUCUACCCACUGAUGAACUUCGCUGCGUCACGGCCCCUGGGACUACCCCGGGCUCUGACCCAACCCCCCGAGGAUGCCCAGAAAGCCAAGACCCCCACCCCAGAGCCUUUUGACGUGGAGACCAGGAAGGUGGUGCAAAUGCAGUGUAACAUGGAGAUGAAUGAAGACAAAGCACAGUGGCAUCUCACUCUGCUGCUCACACUGGAGGACAGGCUUCACCGACAGCUCAGCUACGACCUGCUGCCGACCGACAGCUCCCGGGACCUGGCCAUGGAACUGGUUCAUUAUGGCUUCAUCCAUGAGGAUGACUUUGAGAAGCUUGCUGCAUUCCUGGAAAGCACCUUCCACAAGUACCGCUCAGGCCCUCCCUGACUCCUCCCGCCCCCUCCAGCCACACCCCAGCACACCAGUGGGGACUUGGGCCCAGCGAACCCCUGGCCGAAAAUCAUUCCCCACGAUGGCCCUGGGCCCCUGGCCCCCAGUGGGAUGGCUGGAGCUCUCCAGCCCGCUGUGGGUGGGGGAACAUCCCUGGACCCGCCCGGGGCCCCACAGGACUGACUGAUAGAGGCCAGGAGGGAGGGAAGGAGGAGGGAACGCGAGAGGAGCUGAGUAGGUGCGGGGCUUAGCUUGCUCCGCCAGCCGGACCAGCCCCCUGUGCCCCAGCACGCCGCCCCUGGGGUGGGGGACCUAUAGUCACCUGCAACAUGGGCAUCUGCACCGUGAGCUUUAGGGCCCAGAACAGGCAGAGGCAGUUCCCUGGGGGGAGCUGGGGUCCUGGAUGGCGGUAAGGAGAGCCCAGCCCUAGAAUCCUAGGGUGAGGGAGUACUGGUGGGCCUCCCCUGGCUAGGCCAGUGCCUUAUCAUCCAUGCCGCCCUGGGGGGAAAGGGGAUGGGGGCUGAGAACUUGCUCCCCCUUUCCCCUGCCCCCACCCCACCUUCUUGGGUCCAGAUAGAUCUUUUUUCAAGCCCCUCUCCUCAGGCCUGGUGAGUCAUCGGGGGGGACUUGCCCGAAUCCCCCUCCCCUCACCCCCACACCCGAAGAAGCACACUGCCGCGGCUCUCGGUAUGUUUUGUAAUUUCCAGGAGAAUGAAUAAACCAAACUCCAAAUGGGCA